UUGGUGUCGCGAGCGGCCGGAGUCAGUCAGUCAGUCAGUCAGUGAGGAGACCGCUGCACAGCCAGAACUUCAGCCACAGCCACACAGCGCCUCAGACACCACACACCCAGAGCUACAGCCAUGGGAAUUCAGGGCGGCAUGAAGUGCAUCAAAUACCUGCUCUUCGUCUUCAACUUCCUCUUCUGGCUUGCAGGAGGAGUGGUUCUGGGCGUAGCUCUCUGGCUUCGACAUGACCACCAGACAACUAGCGUUCUGGAGCUGCAUCUCGAGAACCGGGCUGCCCCCACCACCUUCUAUGUAGGAGUCUACAUCCUGGUUGGUGUGGGAGCGGUGAUGAUGAUAGUGGGAUUUCUCGGAUGCUAUGGAGCCAUUCAAGAAUCCCAGUGCAUGCUGGGCACGUUCUUCAUCUGCCUGAUUAUCCUGUUUGCCUGUGAAGUGGCUGCUGGCAUCUGGGGAUUUGUGUACAGAGAAGAGAUCUCGGACCAGGUGAAGGAUUUCUACGACUCCUCGCUGACCACGUAUAAGACCUCGAUGCUGUUGUCAGACCGCCGAGCCCGGGCCAAGGCCGUGCUGCUCACCAUGCACGAAGCGCUGGACUGCUGUGAUACCAGUGUGUUCCGGUCAGACGCCUGCCCCAAGAGAGAUCCCACCACAUUGAGUAUGGAUUGUCAUAGGAAGAUCAACGAGCUUUUCUUUGGGAAGCUGUACAUCAUUGGGAUCGCUGCCAUCGUCGUCGCAAUCAUCAUGAUUUUCGAGAUGAUUUUCAGCAUGGUCCUGUGCUGUGGGAUCCGGAGCAGCAGUGUGUACUAACCUCACUGCCUGCCGCUGCCCUCAACUGGCUCCCAGCACAGCAGCAAAAGCAGCUUUGUUGUGGAACAGCCCGACCCACUUAUAAAAUAACCCCUCCCCUCCCAACUAACCUCAAUGAUGGUGCUUCUCACAAUGUUUUGUAUACCCCCCCACCUCGCCCAACCCCCAACCCCCGACCUCACCAACACUGACAGUCGAUGUAACAGCAACUGUUUAACCAAAGGACAGUGUGCGGGGAAAGGGAAAUGGAUCGCAUUGCCCACCCCCACCCUAUGCUGGUUUUUGACGCCUCCUCAUCUCCUGAACGGGCAUCAGUUGCUGCCCAGGUGUCACAGUGAAGCCUGGUGUGAGUUACCAGCUCAAUUCAGAUUUGAAGCCAUUCUUCAGUGAGGGAGAUGGGGGUGGGGGGGCGCGCGGAGGAAACUGCCAGUGGGGUGGGGGGAGUGGAGGGGAAUGUCUUUCUGAGAUUUUUUUUAUAUAAUUGAACAAUGCUGUGUUGGGGAGCACGCUGACACAGUUCCAGAGCUGAUUUACUGAUGAUGAUAUAAUGCUGUCUGUCUCGCUGGCCUGGCCAGUGCUUAUCAUGUGUAUAAUAAUGAAAUGUAACAGUAGCCUGCUGAUGCCAGGCCAGUAACCAGUUAAUGCACCGCCCCUGCCCCCUGUGCCACCCUGUAAGGUGGUGUGUCAUCGCCCGCUGGCAUUCCUCUAGGCUGCAUUUAUAUAGCCCCCUUCACGCGGGGCAGUGUCUCGGCUCUGCCACUGUUAAGUGCUCUGAGACGCCGCCCCGCGUAAAGGGCGCUAUAUAAACGCAAGUUGUUGUCUCUGUGCAAGCAACAACAUCUUCCUGGGUUUAGUUCAAACCUACCAGGGUGGGCUACGCUUCCUCCUGCCCUGUGCACAAGCCCAGCCAGAGCUGGUUACACUCACAGCCCGCAGCUCACCAUACAGUGGACUGACUGCACACAUGUUAUCCAGACAGCAGUCUGCGCUGAGCUUGGGGGAGAUGAGCGUUGUGUGGUCACUUGCGGACGGGGACGGGGGUGAUUCCUAGCCUGAUGAAGCUCCGAUCACCCUGCUCCAACAUGCUGCCUCGUUCCAGCAGCGCUAAUGAAGGCUUCUGUAUUUGGAGCUGUGUGCGCGCUGGUGCCUGCUUUCAACUGUCUCUGAAGUGCUUGUUAUGUGAAUAUGUAACAAUAAAGACCACUUUCUUUAACACA